AUGAAGCUCAAAGUUAGUCUUAGGAUAGUCAGCGUUCAAUUGAACUCGCAGAUAGGCCAGAUAGAUGAGACGUUGCGGCGCACCACUGUGCUCAUCGACAGACUGAAGCAGGAAGUGGAAGGCCAGAAACCGCCAGAUCUAGUGGUAUUCCCAGAAUUUGCACUGACUGGUUAUAAUUUCAAGAACAGAAGCCAUAUACUUCCUUAUGUAUGCAAAGCAGGUGAGGGUCCUAGCUUUGAAUUAGCAAAGAGAGUGUCAAAAUUAUUUGGCUGCUAUACUGUGAUAGGAUACCCUGAGAAGUGUGAGCAGAAGUUGUACAAUUCUGCUAUUGUAACUGGACCAGAUGGAUCAGUGCAUUUUAAUUACAGGAAGGCGUUUCUUUAUGAAACCGAUGAACAAUGGGGAUGCGAGGAGAAUCCAAAGGGCUUUGAACAGUUCAAGAUGAAGUUUCGAGCAAGACCAAUUGAUCAAGAUUCGGCAGAGUUAUCACCCGUUGACAUAGACUUGAAUACUUCCAUUGGUAUAUGCAUGGACCUUAGCCCAUACAGGUUUGAAGCACCAUUUCAGGAUAUGGAGUUCUCAUCGUUUAACCUCGAGAAGGGCACAGAGUUGAUCAUUUGCCCAAUGGCUUGGCUACAUUCCAGAUCUAUAACCGAACACACCGAUUCUGAAAAGAUAACUCCUAAGGACAUAGAAUGUCUUCUUUCUGAACAAGGCCUGUCUAUUUUUGGCUCUCAAGGUCAGUAUCAAUUCGAUUUUGAUAACAGGGCAACUACAAAGCCAGUAUCACAAGAUAUCACAGACAUAAAUAGGGACAAUCCAGUUUACUCAAAUCUGGAUGAACCUGAUAUGUCUAACAUAAAUUACUGGCUGUUAAGAUUUCUGCCUUUCUUAUCUUUGGAUGUAAGGAGAAACUGGUUUCAAAGCUUCGCUGACCAGCUUUUGCCUCUUAAAAAUUCUUAUAUGGGCAUGACACCAAAACAUCCUUGGGGUUUUGCUGGUAAAAAUGCGGCUUUGGUUAUUGCUAAUCGAUGUGGUGUUGAAGACUGUAAGACAAUAUUUGCAGGAAGCUCAGGAAUCUUCAAAUUUAAUGGUUCAGAAGAUAAAGAUAACAAUACGGACUCUACUAACCAGUCUGUUAAAUUAUUUGGCAAUUUGGGAAAAGGCUAUGAGGGUUUACUAAUGAGAGAUAUUGAUUUAAUGAUUGAUAGGUAG